CCAUUGUUCUGGCUUCCAAACUAUUUCAGGAGAAUUGCUGAGGUGAAGGCUAAUGAAAGGAAGAAAACUCUGGAAGAGAUCUUGUAUGCAUUGGUGGUGCAGAAGUUCAUGGAUGCUAAUAUUUCUUUGAUACCCUCCAUAAUCCCAGAUCAGUCUGGUAAGGUUGAACUGUACAAAGAAGAUGGUAAACUUGAACAGCUUCACUCACAUGAAGCAUAUGAGAUGAUUCAAAACCACUUGAGUCUCAUUCUGGGUACCAAAGUAGGAGAUUUAACAUCAAUAGCUGAAAUCAGCAAAUUCAGGGUAGGGCAAGUCUAUGCAGCAUCGGUGAUGUAUGGUUAUUUUCUUAAGCGAGUUGACCAAAGGUUCCAGCUGGAGAAGACAAUGAAAAUUCUUCCAAAUGCAACAGAAGAAGAGAAUAGUGUUCAUCAAACUACAAUGGACAAUGCAAGUCCGAAUAUUGAAGAGGACAAUUCUCAAGUGAUGUCUCAUCCUGAAGUAUCUACCUGGACUGGUGGUGACGUCAGUCCUAGUGGAUUCGGCUAUGGUAUAAAGCCCACCAGGUUGCAUAGCUAUGUGAUGUCCUUUGACGGUGAUACCCUACAAAGAUACGCGACAAUUAGAUCCAAAGAAGCUGUCAGCAUCAUUGAGAAGCACACAGAGGCAUUGUUUGGAAGACCUGAAAUUGUUGUAACACCUGAGGGGGCAGUCUCUAAGGAUGAAAACAUCAAAAUUAGCUUUGGUGGUUUAAAGAAACUUGUUUUAGAGGAUGUGACUUUUGGUUCUUUUCUCUGGGAUGUUGAGAGCUAUGUGGACUCUAGGUACCAUUUUGUCUUGUGCAUUGGGUUGUCCUCUUGAGCUCUGUUUGCUCCCAUACAUGACAAGGCAUAGUUAAUAAUAGUGUGAUGGUACCGACUGAUGGAGUAUAUUUUCUUCCAUGUUAAAAGUUCAAGAUAUUGUUCACUAAUCAUCUGUAUAUACUAUAUAGUUAUAGGGCUGUGAAUUUUACUAAUGAAAGGAAGGUUAUUUACAAGGUAAAUAUUUAUUUGUCCUUUUUUUCCCUGCAACAAAGCCAUAAUGAUAAAGCAUCAGCUUUUGUGA